UACGCCUGUGCACGCCAGGGUCUACACUACGGAGUUGAGUCGAGUCGGGGUGUUGUUCAUCUAGGCUGCCCUGCCCGCCUCACCCCGGGCUCGCGCGCCUGCACCUAGCAUGUCAUGUAUACUGUUCUCUUCUGUUCUGUUCAGUUCUUGUCGAUGUCGCACCAUUUCGUCUGCAUUGCAUACACGGCCGUCUGCUCCGAGGAGCUCGCGGAGAAAGUUAAUAUAUACCCACGCGGCACAAGCCGCGCUGUUCGCACACUAUCCAAGUCAUGUACACAUGUCCCAUCUGCUUGUGAGACCAUGUCUGGCCUGAUCCAGGGCGUUGGUUGCGCUGGAACCUCUGGGACCGGGCGUCACGAGCGCAGCACGCCUCCACGAGCCUCGUUUGCGGCGGCUAGCGAGCGCUGCCUCCCUCUCCCACGGCGGGUUCUGUCACGCAGCGCACCUGUGGCCUCGGGCUCGCGUUCCGGUCCAGCGUGCUGCACGCAAGAUUCAGCGCAGGACUGAACGCUCGACUAGGGCAGGGCCGCAGUGUCAGGACACGCGCGGGAGGGCUGGGCACCACGCUUCCGGCAGCUGUGCCGGUGCGCGUGCUUGCACGACACAUGCGUAGACGUCUUCUCCACCGCUCGGUGGAGGCAGCGGUGGUGCUGAUGGAACUAUGGAUCUGGGCUGCGUUCAAGCCCGCGACGAGGAAGGCAGCGAGCGCCUUG